GCGACGACUGCGAAGCGUUGCAAUAACGAAAGGAAUGCGAUAAAAAAGGAAAAAAUAAAAUAGCAACAAACACACACGCACUUAUUGCGGCAUUCCCAGCAUAAAACGUCAAGUGUGACCCAUUCGGCGGCGUAUCCGUUGAGAUACGGCAAGUGAAUACACCAAAAGGAGGCGUCAGACGCGUACAAUAUCAGCAGAUUUUUAGACAAUUGUAUUAACUGAUUAGACGACAACUGCGCUAAAACGCAAACGCAAAGAAACAAGCUACAGCAAACAUGCAGACCAUUAAGUGUGUUGUUGUCGGUGAUGGUGCCGUGGGUAAAACUUGUUUACUCAUUUCGUACACGACCAAUAAAUUUCCAUCGGAGUAUGUGCCCACCGUGUUUGAUAAUUAUGCGGUGACAGUGAUGAUCGGUGGUGAGCCAUACACUUUGGGCCUAUUCGAUACGGCCGGUCAGGAAGAUUACGAUCGUCUACGUCCGCUGUCCUAUCCACAAACAGACGUAUUUCUCGUCUGCUUCUCAGUGGUCAGUCCCAGUUCAUUUGAGAAUGUUAAAGAGAAGUGGGUACCGGAAAUCACGCACCAUUGUCAGAAGACACCCUUCCUAUUGGUUGGCACACAAAUCGAUUUGCGUGACGAGAGCAGCACUUUAGAGAAAUUGGCUAAAAACAAACAGAAGCCCAUUACCAUGGAACAAGGCGAGAAGUUGGCCAAGGAAUUGAAAGCAGUCAAAUAUGUGGAAUGCUCCGCUUUAACACAGAAAGGUUUGAAGAACGUUUUCGAUGAGGCCAUCUUAGCAGCGUUGGAGCCACCAGAACCAUCCAAGAAAAGGAAGUGCAAAUUCUUAUAAUUUUAUGUAUUUAUUUAUAAACGACAUUUCAAACAAAACAAAAACAAAGCAAGUAAACUAACAAUAACAACAACAAAAUAAGCUUGCAAGCGCGUAUGAAUUCAUUCAUUCUACAUACUAUGCACAGGAAUAAUGGAUUAAUUAAAAAAAACAACAAAAUUUUGUAAACGAUUUGUCGAAACGAGUCAACAACAACACUCAUUUGUUGUAGUGUGCAAACGGUAAAUUCGUGUGGCGGUAUUGGCGUAAGGCAAAAAAAAAAAUACAAUAACAAAGUGUAUUGUUAGUGUCGAAAGCAAACAACAAAAAAAAGUAUUUGUAUUUUGGGUAUGAUAGGGUCUGUCUAUUUUGUAAAAGUUGGUAAUAUGCAUAUAUGGCAACACAUACACACACAAAUAGCAAUAAAUAAAAAAUUUUCUAAAAAAAAAUUCAAAAAAAUUAAAACAACAGCAAUAGUUAAUAUUGCAGUACGGCAGUAUAAAAUUAAACGCGUUCGUUUUGGAUUUUUCAAAUUAUCGCAUAAAUAUGGCGUUAUAAAGAUUUAUAUAUAUAUUUAACGAUAUAAAAUUAUGCCAGAAAAGGUACAGUGCAUUAUUAAAAAAAAAAACAAGCAAACAAACAGUAAAUUUAAAAUAAAAAUUAGCAAGUUACUGCAAUUUUUCCAACAUAAAUGGCAUAAUCUAAGUAAAAGUGAACGCAAACUCGUACACACACAAAGCUAAGCGUUAAAGGAGUAAAAAAAAAUUUAAAGUAACCACACAAAUACUUACAAUAAAAGAAAAAACAUUAAACAAACAAAAAAUGAUUGUAGUUCGACAUUGAAAAAUGAACUAAUGAUGCAUUUUUUAAUAUUUUUAUAUAUAUACAUUAUCAAUUUUUACAUUACUUUAGUUAUAGUCAUUAUAAUUAUUGAUUUCAGAUAUUAAAUAAAAAAAUGUAACAACAACAAUAAAAUUACAACAUAAUUAUAA